AUGUUAGUGGAAUGUAAGUCUUCAGCGGAGGAAGGAUGCACCAAUGAUUCCGAGAAUACUGACAGUGAAACUUCAGACUCAGAAAGGUUAGAUACACAAAAAGAAAACUUGGACAGUACAUAUGUGGAGGGUACUACUUUAGGGAGUACUACUUCAGAUGAAGAUUUUUCUAAUGCUACUUCAGAUCCAGAUAUUACUCUGGAGGUGCCAGGAACUUCAGACACUCAAUCAAAACGAGAGCCACGUGUUGGAUCAAAGGAGCGGCGUGAAGUACGGGACCACUGUGUUGGAGGUAUGCUUGCUCGUAGACUGGCGCAGCAUGUUGUAAUACGGGACCCGAAUGCUCAAUCACAGGAGAAAAGUGAUGAGUAG